AUGACAAAGAUUGCGGUGAGCGAGAAAUCGUGCAAAUCAGACGAUCCAUUUGUUUUUCAGACUGGCAGCGGCGGAGAAAAGAAAAAGUCGAAGACGGCGACGGAAAGUCAGAAUUUGCCCAGGAGACAGCCCAGUUAUCUCUCCAAGUGAGCACUGAUCACUCCGACAUUGCGAAAUCACGCUCGCAUUCAGAAUGUUGUCUCAAAAUGUGACUCCGAUAAAUCUCUCGAUCAUCCUCGGCUUGGUGCUCGUCGGAAACUCGUUCCUGUUUCUUGCAAUGUUUCCGAUUUUCUAG